UUCAUCCUCCAAACCCUAGCCUCCUCGGAUCUCUCCCAUUUAGGAUAUUUUCUCAAAACCCUCGUCGUCCUACUUUCUAUUUUUCUCCUGAUUUGUUUCUCUUGAAGACUCUAUCUAGCUCCACUUUCCAGUUUUCAUCUGCCAAGUAUGGGGGAAGCCAAGGAUAAUGAUGUUUACGAGAAGGAGCUCCUGGACUACGAAGAGGAGGAAGAGAAAGCUCCGGAUUCGGUCGCUGCCAAGGUUUCCGGUGAAGCAGUGAAAAAGGGUUACAUUGGGAUUCACAGUUCCGGAUUCAGAGACUUUCUGUUGAAGCCAGAACUCCUUCGUGCUAUCGUUGAUUGUGGUUUUGAGCAUCCUUCCGAAGGUAAAGAUCACUUGCAUGUUUCUCAGUUUGGUGGAGAAUAGGGUAAACCUUUCUAUUAAAGGAUCCAGAAGAUUAUUUUUUACUUACUGGGGUACUCCUCAAUUUUCAUCAGUACAACA